AAGAGGGGGGACGCGGCGGAGCUGAGAGAGACAUGAACCCCGGGGACAAUGUGGAGACGGGGGAGACGGAGCUCCGGCCGGGGAGCUGCUGCCGGCCCAUCCCCAGCGAGGAGCCGUGCCGGCGGCAGCAGGAGAAGCUGUCAGGGGUCGUGAAGAACCUGCACAGGAAACUGCGCAGGAAAUACAGGGAAGUGGGCGACUUUGACAAAAUCUGGCGUGAGCACUGUGAGGAUGAGCAGACGCUGAGCGAGUACGCCCUGGCCAUGAAGAAUCUCGCCGACAACCACUGGACCAAAAACUGCGACGGAGAGAGCCGCAUCGAGUGGUGUCGCAGUGUCUGCCAGGAAUAUUUCUUGGACGGUGGGAUGAAGAGAGUGUUAGAAAAGGAUGCAAAAAGUGCCACUUUAGCCGCAGGUCUGACUCCCGCACCCGUCGGUGCUCAAGCGUACGGCCCCGUCCCCAGCUCCAUCUCCCAGCGGGGGAAAAUGCGCCUCCUGGACGUGGGAAGCUGCUUCAACCCGUUCCUGAGGUUCGACGAGUUCCUGACGGUCGGGAUCGACAUAGUGCCUGCAGUCGAGAGUGUGUACAAGUGUGACUUCCUGAACCUGCAGCUGCAGCAGCCGCUGCAGCUGGCGGGCGACGCGGUGGAGGCGUUCCUGCGGCAGCUGCGCAGCCCCAUCGACGCGCUGCCCGCCCAGCUCUUCCACGUGGCCGUCUUCUCCCUGCUGCUGUCCUACUUCCCCUCCCCGUACCAGCGCUGGAUCUGCUGCAAGAAGGCGCACGAGCUGCUGGAGCUGCACGGCCUGCUGCUCAUCAUCACGCCCGACUCGUCCCACCAGAACCGCCACACGCUCAUGAUGCGCAGCUGGCGCGUGGCGGUGGAGUCGCUGGGCUUCAAGCGCUGCAAGUACGUCAAGUACUCGCACAUGCACCUCAUCGCCUUCCGCAAGGUGUCGCUGGCCACCACCAGCGACCUGGUGUCGCGCAACUACCCCGAGAUGCUCUACAUCCCUCAGGACUUUAACUCCAACGAGGAGGAGGACUGCGCCGACCUGCCGGCGGCGGCGCGCUCCGAGCUGGAGGACGACCAGCUGGCCUGGGGCUUCGCCGAGCUGCCGGACACGGCGUACGACUCGGAUUCGGGGGAGAGCCAGAGCAGCUCGGUGCCCGGAUUCCACGAGCUGGAGGACCCCAUCCUGCUGCAGAGCUGAACCAGCAACCCCUGCUCCCCCUCUCCAUGGACCUGUGUCCUCCUCUCCUACUGCUGCGCUGCCAAAUUUCUACCUGCUGCAUUAUUCUCGGUCCGUGUACUUCGCGGUCAUCCGUUUUUUGUUUUGAAAUGACAAAAUAAAAAUAGAGAACUAAUCCAAAAUAAUCCGUGGAA